AUGGCAACCGAACAGCCGUCAGGGACGGUGUCCAAACCAUCCCCCACCAGCCAAAAGACCUUUUACAAAACACCAUCUCACUUCGAGCAGAUAAUCGGCUACUACCGCGGUGUUCGCCAUGGUCAACACAUCUUCAUCUCCGGCACCACGGCCGUCAAUCCUAACAAAGUCUCAUCCGCUGCCGAACCGCCACAGGUUCUCUUCCCCGGAGACGCAAAGCAGCAAACCAUCGCAGCGUUUAGAGAAUGUCUGCGUGCCGUCGACAGUCUAGGGGGCAACGGAGUGCAGAGUGUCGUGCGAGUACGCAUGUUUGUCGGCAGACACGAAGACUGCGGUGCAGUUGGUGAAGCAUUCACAGAGAUAUUCGGUGAUCAUAAAAGCAAUGCGAACAACGAGGAUGCGGAGAUUGGAACCGCAGCGACGAUGUUGGUUGUUCAGAAUGGCUUCAUUAAUCGUGAUAUGAUGGUCGAGGUGGAAGUCGAUGCCAUGGCAGCUUGA